AUGAAAUGGCGUGAAGAAAGACGUGAUGAACUCAUUUAUAAAGCAGUGUUAUCUGCUGAUCCUCAAGAGAGUUCCGACUAUAUUGUAAUUGCCAUUUAUUUUGAUAGGCACAAGUUAGCAUUUUGGAGGCAUGGUGACUUCUCUUGGACUGUGAUAAGUAAUAAUGUUUUUAUUAAUGAUGUCAUAUGGUAUUAUGGAGCAUUUUAUGUUGUUGGAAGCAAUAACAAAAUGUGGUUAGUUGAACUUGGUGUGAACAACAAGUUAGUAGAAUUUAGCUCGCAAGACAGUGUGAACUUAUAUUCAUGGGAAAAGUAUUUAGUAGAUUUUAUGGGAGAUUUGUUCCUUAUUUUUAGAAAAAUUAAUUCUAUAGAGGAUGAUAAUGAUGAGGGCAAUGGUGAUGAAGAUGAUGUAGAGGAUAACAAUAAUGAGAUAGACGAUGAUGAUGUUGACGAAGAUGACGGAGAGAAUAACCAAAAUGAGAUAGAAGAUGAUGAUGGUUUUGAAGUAUAUUAUCCGUGGGGUGCAGAUAUCAUGUAUUUUCUAUAUACAGAAAGUUUCAUGCUAUUUAAGUUUGAUCGAGGAGAGAAGAAAUUUAUUGAAUUAAAAAGCAUAAAUGGUCAUAAUUUAUUUGUGGGCUCUAAUCAUGCUGUUGUGAUUCCAACAACUAUAAUGGAGAAAACAACAAGUAGUAAUAUUUAUUUCACUGAUGACGACAUUGAUACAAACCACAUGUACAUCUACAGAGAUUCAGGUUUGGAAAUUUUGGUUGUCACUGCAGUGGCGCUUACAUUUCAGCAUCGUCAUCCUUGA